AUGAACACAGGAGAAAAACAGAAUUACAAAGACCUCCUAAGAACCCAAGGGCCACAGCCUAUCUUCCCUUACUCCAAACCAGUAGAAACACGUACACAAAAACGACAUGCACAUGUUACUCCAACUAAUCUAAUCACUCAGCAUCCAGAUCAGCCACUGUUGCACCCAAGCCACAUAGAACCUGAGUCCUUGUCUGCACACAACCAAACCUUCAAGCAAAUUUCUCUUCAAGGACUUUCUGACCAGCACACAAGCUCACAGCAAGACCCCUCCUCUCCCAGCUCAGUGGUUCAGGCCCUUGAACUAACCCAGACCUCUGGGUUCACAUUGUAUAAUAUGAACAGUAUUAGCAGUACAACUCCUGUAGAGGUCCACCAGUACUGGAGUCAGCCUGCUGAGCAACUUACAGCCACCAAGGCAUCACAGGCAAAUAAUACUGAAUUAGUUGAAAUGUUUAAUAAAAACACCUCAAAGGCCCCCAUGAGGACUAUAGACAACAAUGCCAGGGAGAAGAGGAAGUUGCAGAGUUGGCUGCCUAUGCUUGAAAAACAUGACAUUCCAAUUGUGGUAGGGGUGGGAGUUUCCUUGGCAUUUAUUUUCAUCACCAUGGCUUUCUAUUCUUUGUUUCGGAAAAAUGACCCUGCAGCCAUAACUAAAGGGCGAGCAGCUCUCAGAGGCCUUGGCGGGCCUUGCAGGCACGGUGAACGUCUUGCAAUUGAAAGAACAUAUGAUAAUAAAGCUUUUGAGGAUGACAACAUGGUUGCUGUUAUUGAGCAAAGCCCAAACACUUCUGAGAUGAGAGCCCAUCCUCCGCCUUCCAGUCCAUCCACAUUGCUAAUGGAACCAUGUUAUGAUGACGCACAAGAGGAAGUCCAGCCAAGCCAAGACAUGCCGGUGAUAGUGGAAACACACCCAGAGCCCUCUGAGGAGGAGCAGUUAGAGACAUCGUUUGAGGAAGGCAAAGUCACACCCUCUCUCCCACCUGACAUCCAGCUUCAGUGUAUGGAGGACUGGAGGAGCCAGGAUUUGGGACAGUGCCAAAGGGAUGCCCCUUCACCACCCCAUUCCAACCCUUUGGGCACUCAGGAAGAGGUUCUCCGCUCUUCUCUGACCUUGCAGACCAGCGAUUCCUCCUCCACUCCAGUACACCACAGCAUCAGCUUCUCCCAUGCCUCCUGUCCUCUCAUGCUGUCCCAUUGUGUCACCUUGGGCAUGACCUCCGUGGCUGUUGAUGUGCACUUCUACCCCUCCAACCCUACGCAGUAUGGGCCUCUGAGACCUCAAAGCAAUUCCCGGCAUGAGCAUGAUCAAAAUGCUCUGUCUACCCACCAUGGCAAAUGA